CACAAUCCUUGUUAUGUGAGAGGGUCCAUCAGAUCACCUUCAGCGGAACUGCACAAGAACGGAAGAUGAAGAGACUGUAACAGGGCCUUUAUAACUGAAUUUCAGUUUUCAGAGCAUAGAAAGUGUAACACAAUCCUUGUUAUGUGAGAGGGUCCAUCAGAUCACCUUCAGCGGAACUGCACAAGAACGGAAGAUGAAGAGACUGUAACAGGGCCUUUAUAACUGAAUUUCAGGUUGAGUAAACAUUUUAGCACACAUGGAGAGCUCAUUUACAUUGUGGGAAGAAAGGACAGGUUUCCAUUAUGAUGAAGAUAUUUUAGUAAAUGGACUAAAUCCCACGCACCUUAUUGUUAGUGAUGAGUUCAGAGAUGAUGACAUAAUCACCGGACAGGAGGAUGACUAUCACACCUCCCACAAUGAGGAGGAUACAAGCCAACUUUCUGAAAGUUCACUAGAAGUGAAGAUGAAGGAUAUGAUGUCACUAGAUACUACCGGAAAAGACUUUGUGGUUCUUCAACACUCUUGUGUGGAAGAUGUUAGGGAAUACGAGAAGCAAUUAAAUUUUUUGGUGGAUGAACCUAUAAUGUGCAUUGAAAAGAACACAACAUACUGGACUGGAGGAGGUGGAGAGUCCCUAACUGAGGGAGAGUUUCCAACACUUUCAGAUGACAAACAGUUGGAUGUUGGCCAGACAGUUCCCCACCUCACAGUAGAGAUGGAACCAGCACAUAGCAAUGCGAGAAUUUGCCUUCCUCUUCAGAAAACAUUGAGGAAUCUCAGACUACUUGAUCUGAAGCUGAAAUAUAAUAAUCACCAACUUGCGCUGGAACACCCAAGAUCAGAACGUAACAAUGAAUCGAGCUCUGAUGAAAAUGAUUCGAAGUUCUCAGAAUUAAGAGAGAAAGAGAAUAUAAUCCUGGGCGAUGAAAAAGAAGCAGAAACCUCAUAUUUGAUUGAGCUUCUCUCCCAGUGUCACUUCAAACUAGAGCAAAUGGAAGAGCUAAGACACUACUCCAGGAAACUGGCUUGGAGUCUUUGGGAAGCCCAGGAAAGCAAUGAGUAUUUAAAAGAAAAAGUAGCAGAGCUGCACAGAGACAAUGCGCAGAAAGAAGAGGAAAUCUUCCUGCUGACAGAGGAGCUUAUCAGAUCCCGGAGACUGUGCCAAAAAUCGGAGAGAGUCACACACCUGCAAGAAAAGGCUACACAGCCCAGCGACCAUACAGGGAACCGAUCAAAGCAACGCGAGUUCGAGUCUAUCUACACAAUAAAUGAUAAAUUAGCCGUAAAAGACGAACCAACAGGCCAAGACACUUCUAAAAUCUGUGUCAUUUUGUAAGCUUGUCAGAGUAUGGCCUUCAGUUUACACGAUAGAGCAUCUCAGUUUGCAAACACUCAUGGAACGUGCCCCCAACACUCCCAUAACAUACCGACCAGGCGGAAUAUAUUUGUGCGUCUGUUUAGUAUAAGGAAGUGAUAAA